AUGCCAUUAAAUCCAGCUCUCGUUGAGGUUACUGCUAUACAUCCGGUGACUUACCGCUUGACAAGCGCUUGCAAAUUUAAUAGCAAGGUUCAUCGUAAUCUCAGCGUCAAUUGCUCACGAGAAGACCUUCAGCACCGGCGAAUGUCUUGGAAUGGAAUCGCUGGCACUAAGGAUCGUGACGACGUCAAUGAGUAUCCUCAGCGACCUCAUACUAAUCGAUCGGCUCUUCCCAUCACCUCGCCGACGCGUGUUCGGCUCAUUUACGAAGACGAAGAUGCGAAGGCUCGAGUGUGUGGCAAUGUAUACCGUCUACUUAACGUCGUCCAAAAGGACCCAGAGGCUAAAUCAGCAAAUGCACGAUUGGCGCGCAAGGUACUCAAGUAUCGGCGAGUCAUGGGGAGAUUGGGUGACGUGAAUAUAGAGGACCCUAAUUUCGAUGCUUCCGCAUUCUUUGGUAUUGAAUGGUGUCGCGUGGGUCCAUCAUCAAAUUAA